AUGGGGACCACAGAGGCCACGCUCCGGAUGGAAAAUGUGGACGUGAAGGAGGAAUGGCAGGACGAGGACUUCCCCAGGCCUCUCCCAGAAGAGACCGGGAUGGACACGCUGGGCAGCCCCGCUGGAGACACCUCAUCACCCCCAAACACUUUAAACUUCAACGGGGCGCAUCGAAAAAGAAAGACGCUCGUUGCCCCUGAGAUCAACAUCUCCCUGGACCAGAGUGAGGGCUCCUUGCUGUCCGAUGACUUCCUGGACACCCCCGAUGACCUGGACAUCAAUGUGGAUGACAUCGAGACCCCCGACGAGACCGACUCGCUGGAGUUCCUGGGGAAUGGCAACGAGCUGGAGUGGGAAGAUGACACCCCAGUGGCCACUGCCAAGAACAUGCCCGGGGACAGUGCGGACCUGUUUGGAGACGGCGUCACGGAGGAGGGCAGCGCCGCCAACGGGCGCCUGUGGAGGACGGUGAUCAUUGGGGAGCAGGAGCACCGCAUCGACCUGCACAUGAUCCGGCCCUACAUGAAGGUGGUGACCCACGGAGGCUACUACGGCGAAGGCCUCAACGCCAUCAUCGUCUUCGCGGCCUGCUUUCUUCCCGACAGCAGCGCCCCCGAUUACCACUACAUUAUGGAGAACCUCUUCCUGUACGUCAUCAGCAGCCUGGAGCUCCUGGUGGCCGAGGACUACAUGAUCGUGUACCUGAACGGCGCCACGCCCCGGCGGAGGAUGCCAGGCAUCGGCUGGCUCAAGAAGUGCUACCAGAUGAUUGACAGGAGGUUGAGGAAAAACCUGAAGUCCUUGAUCAUUGUCCACCCCUCCUGGUUCAUCCGCACGGUGCUGGCCAUCUCCCGCCCCUUCAUCAGCGUGAAGUUCAUGAACAAGAUCCAGUACGUGCACAGCCUGGAGGAGUUGGAGGGCCUCAUCCCCAUGCAGCACGUGCAAAUCCCGGACUGCGUCCUACAGUACGAAGAGGAACGGAUUAAGGCCAGGAGGGAAAGUGGGCGGCCCCAGCCCGACUUCGUCCUGCCCAGGUCUGAAGAGAAGCCGGAGGUGGAGGAGGCGACAGUGCCAGAGGCAGAAACAGAGAGCAG